GCAGAGCGGUAGCGGUGACCAGCCAGUGCAGCGGGGAGCACCUGAUCCUAUAUAACGGCGGAGAGUUUGCUGUUGCAGUCAGAAUUUGCCAUAGCGCCAAAGAGGGAACACCGGUGACUCGAAACCCGAAAAGCGGAGAUUUACAGUGUUUGUGUCUAUAUUUUGCCAACCACCCGUAUUUAUUGUAACUUAAUCCGUCUGCUUACACACAGAGCCAUGGAUGCGAUCACAAGAACGAGUCUCUACAAACGCACUCAAGGACUCCUUCCCAGUCUGUUUCUGUCUACACUCGUGGCACUGUGCGUGUCGACGCCUAUACCGCCGCAGGAUACACAUCCUUGGCACCACUACGACCGGCUGGUGAGAGACACGCGUGUUCUCGAUAGGCACCAUCACAACCUGUACACGAGCUUCAAAACCAUUCGGCACGGCGACGCCUCAAUCAGGCUAGAUGACUUCACAAUCAGCGGGGUCCCCAGCGUGAACGACCUCCCUUCACCCGUCGACAGAUACGCUAUGGUGGAGAGCGAGCUUCUGCCCAUCCAUUACACGCAGCUAGAGGCUUUUGAGCAGAUCUUGGCACAAGCAAUAGAGGACGAGUUCACACUCAGAAUGGCUGGGGAGGAGAACUUCUACAACUCCAUGAGGACCGUCCUUACACUUUUACAGCGAGUCGUGUCAAAAUUAAGGCAAACGAUGAUAGCUCUGGAUAUUGACCACGAUUUCAACACCACCUCGACCGUUACCUUCUCCAACAACCAACAACAUUCCUUCUUGAACAUGAGGAUUCUUUUCAUCCUGCAAGAGUUCAGUGCCAACCUGGCUCCCGCCCUCGAGGACUUUGUCAACUUCAUGGGCACGCAUACGCAGCCGUCGUCGUAGCAAUCCGGAGAGUACGGUAUAAACUCUAAAAAGCCCGCCAAUUCUAAGGGGGAGGAAACAGUUCGCAGCCCGUGGUUAGCGGAAAGUACCCCCCUUAAUGUUUCUAUGCAAUAUACUGAAAUCGGUCGGUAAAGGCCCGUUCCCAUUAUCCAGCGUGGACAGUGAUAUUCGUAAGGUGAUAUUCGCCAUUUUUUUGUCGCACUUUGAAUUCCGUCACUUUUCUACUUAAAAACCUUUAUGGCUGUUGCUGGAAAUUAAUAACCAAAUAUGGAUCAAAAUGGUUUCAAUAUUCAGGCAAUGGUUUGAAAAGAAAAGAACUUUAAAAAGAAAGUCACAUUACUCAGAGUUAAAGACUGUCAAUCUUACAAUGAUGUUCGUUUAGGAUUUCCAGAGUCUGGUGUUUUUGCCUUGAUUGAGGGAGUUUCCAUUAUUGUCUACACGGCAUUGAUUGUGCCCUAAUUAAUAAUCUGCUGGAAAUGGGUCGCGGGAAUUUCUAACAUGAAUUUCGUUUCCGAUUCAAUCAUUCACAAUUUAUUGUAUUCAGAACGCUAUAUGCAUUUUCAUGUCAAGUAAGCACGCGUUAUUUAUGCAUUAAUUUAUUCAUAUUUUGUGCCUCAAGCAUUGUACUUAAUAUGGUAUUUAUUUUUCCGUCAGAAAUUUGAGGAGAUUUAAAGAUGGGACCAGAAACAGCAGUACUGUUUUUGCCGUUUAAUUAGCAUAGUAUUUAUUACAAAUUAAUUUAUUUCGUAUUUAUAGCUGGAGUAGAUGUGCUUGAACAUGUAUAUUUAUACUGAAAAGUCGCCUUAAAUUGAGCAGGGAAGUUAUAAUUUAAGCCUUGUAAAACUUUCCAUAAAUGGACACAACUACAUGUUCAAGCCAUCCGCCAGUAAUACUAUUGCUCACGGAAGGCCUUUCUGUAAGAUAUUGUGUAACAUUUCUGAAGGCAUAUUAUAGCAGUGUAAAUAAUUAUUUAAUAUUUUUAUAUUAGUAUUUAAAGCGGUCUAUACUAUUUUUAACGUCAUGAUGGCAGCUGGUGCUGUUGUUGCGAAAACUUUACCAAUAAUCAAUGUCUCAGCGAACAAAUGAACGUACACUUUUCCCACGCAUCAAUGGCAAUGGAUCAAUUACCAAUUUCAUUAUCAACGGGGACUUUUAUCUUUGGAUAAUGAAUACCAUAUUUCUGAUACACGUGUCUGGUUUGGAUUCUGAUUGUUAACGAACGCGUAUGACCAAGGGAAAACAGAUACGCAAAAAAAACCCCAUAAAGAUGAAUGAUUUGAAAAGGUCACUCCAUCCAGUGAGUGAAGUGAAUGAAGAUCGAAUGGCAAAUGAAUACCAUGCUAGUUGUUUUUUGUGUGGGUCUUAAUGGUCACUUUAAUUAAUUUAUUUAUGCCCAGUCAAUAAAACAAAAGCGGUCUCGGUUGACAGGUAAAUCCCA